CCCCCCGCUUCCGGUGCACUGGAGCCCGGCGGGAGGGGUUUCCGGGAGCGCGGGUGCUGCGGGGCCUGACGCGGCGGUGGAGCUGGGCCCCGCGCGGAGGGAGGCGGCACCGGGAUGAGCAGCGGCCGCCGAGGGAGCCCGGGGCGCCCGUGACAGACGCUCCCUGCGCCCGCAGCGCGUCCUGCAGCUGGCAGCGUUACCCUGGUUCCUUGUCCUGCCCUGCAGAGGUAGCCGGGAGCUGGGGCACCAACAUGAACGAGGUGUCAGUCGUCAAAGAGGGCUGGCUGCACAAGAGAGGGGAGUACAUUAAAACCUGGCGCCCCAGGUACUUCCUUCUGAAAAGCGACGGCUCUUUCAUCGGCUACAAGGAGCGGCCCGAGACGUCUGAUCACAGCUUGCCACCUCUGAACAACUUCUCGGUCGCAGAAUGCCAGCUGAUGAAGACCGAGCGGCCCCGGCCGAACACCUUUGUCAUUCGGUGCUUGCAGUGGACGACUGUCAUCGAAAGAACCUUUCACGUGGACUCUCCUGACGAACGGGAGGAGUGGAUGCACGCCAUCCAGACCGUCGCCAACAGCCUAAAGAACCAGGAGCCCGAAGAAGACCCGAUGGAUUACAAGUGCGGCUCCCCCAGCGACACCACCGGGGCUGAGGAGAUGGAAGUGGCCGUGAGCAAGACCCGGGCGAAAGCAACCAUGAACGAUUUCGACUACCUGAAACUCUUGGGGAAAGGCACCUUUGGCAAAGUGAUCCUGGUGCGGGAAAAGGCCACUGGGCGCUAUUACGCCAUGAAGAUCCUGCGGAAAGAAGUCAUCAUCGCAAAGGACGAGGUGGCGCACACGGUUACAGAGAGCAGAGUGCUGCAGAACAGUAGGCAUCCCUUCCUGACGGCGCUGAAAUACGCCUUUCAGACCAACGACCGGCUGUGCUUCGUGAUGGAGUACGCCAACGGCGGAGAGCUGUUUUUCCACCUUUCGAGAGAGCGCGUGUUCACAGAGGACCGGGCCCGUUUCUAUGGUGCUGAGAUCGUGUCGGCGCUGGAGUACCUGCACUCCAGGGACGUGGUCUACAGGGACAUCAAGCUGGAGAACCUGAUGCUGGACAAGGACGGACACAUCAAGAUCACGGACUUCGGGCUCUGCAAGGAAGGGGUAACGGACGGUGCCACCAUGAAAACCUUCUGCGGGACGCCGGAGUACCUCGCCCCAGAGGUGCUGGAGGACAACGACUAUGGGCGAGCUGUGGACUGGUGGGGGCUGGGCGUCGUCAUGUACGAGAUGAUGUGUGGCCGCCUCCCCUUCUACAACCAGGACCAUGAGCGGCUCUUCGAGCUGAUCCUCAUGGAGGAGAUCCGCUUCCCCCGGACCCUCAGCCCCGAGGCCAAGGCCCUGCUGGCCGGGCUGCUCAAGAAGGACCCCAAGCAGAGGCUAGGCGGAGGGCCCACCGACGCCAAGGAGGUGAUGGAGCACCGCUUCUUCACGGCCAUCAACUGGCAAGACGUGGUUCAGAAGAAGCUCGUCCCCCCGUUUAAGCCCCAAGUGACGUCAGAGAUCGACACGCGAUACUUUGACGACGAGUUCACGGCGCAGUCGAUCACCAUCACGCCCCCUGACCGAUAUGACAGCAUGGACUCCCUGGAGGCCGAUCAGCGGACGCACUUCCCCCAGUUCUCCUACUCUGCCAGCAUCCGAGAAUAGGCGGCGGCAGGCAGAGACUUGGGCUCCGAGCACGGGAGAACUUGUUGGUUUUGUUCCUGGGAUUUCUCUCCAGCAAUCUGGUCACACACUAGCCCGGCCCCCAGAGGUGCAGGGGCAGCCCAGCUGUUUGAAACGCCGCCAGCCUGGCAUUGCACCGCCGGGCGGAGCCGCGUUAAAAGGAAGGAAGUGCUCCUGCUCCGUGGCUCUGAGCAGCUCCGAGCCCUGGCUGGUUCAGUACCAUGGGGUUGCUUUGAUUUUUAAACUCCUAGAAGUGCUUACAGCUUUUAAAGACAGCCCACCCCACGAGAGAGCCUUCCUCCAGCAUCCGAGGGCCCCUCGCGCCAGGAUGUCAGCUAGCCAUAACCUAACCCAGAGCCGGAGAGAGGUUCGUGGAGAGGAAUCCUGUGGAAUCGAAACUGACUCGCCAGGAAUGCUGAGUUUCUGGUGGUUACGGAGAGCGCCGCCGAGUGGACGGGGCGGGACGGGACUCUCCGCUAGGACGCACAGUAAACCCUCCGAGCAGGCCGAGCCGGCGGCUUGGCCCUCAGCCCAGAGGGCUGUUUACUUCAUUGCUCCGUUAGCUCGGCUCCGGUGCGGCGAGGGACGCUGGCUCCCAGCCCCAGGGUUGGGUUCGUGGGUCCUGUUUUCUCUUCUGCCUGUUACAUCUUUACAGCCCUUCCUGCACCUGACGGGAAAGGGGCACAACCGAGCCGGUGGAAGCCAGAGCCGCAUGGAUCUUGGCGGGAGGGACGGGGGCACCUGGAGACCCAGCAGGGCUCCCGCGGCACAAUAGCACUAAGGAACAAGCCGGCUCUUUGCACGGGAAGUGACGUGUCUGGAAGGCCGGGGGUUCUCGUCGGGGGCAAGCCGACCCCAGCCCACGGCGGUACCUGUGUACGACGCACACGGUUGUAAAAGCAAUAACGUUUUUCUUCAAAGCUGCCUUAAAGCCAGAAGUCGGCGCUGCGGUUAGUUCACACCCAGCGUGCGGCAGGAUUUUCUACAGAACAACCGGGCGGCUAAUGAACUCUGCAGCGCUCGGCUGGAGACGCUCCUUCCGCCGCAGCUCCUGUGAGCGUCUCGCUCGCCAGCUCAGCCCCCCGACUGGGCUAAGCUUUUCCCACAGCGCACGCCAAAGGCCCCCUUUGCCCAUCAGGACGCCCCCUGCGCUGUCACUGACGCUGCCGAGGGGUGGGGCGCGCCGCCCCGUCCCACCCAGCGCCAGGGGCUGGGCAGAGUGCAUCGGGCGCCGGAGCGCUCUUCCCAUUGGCACUAGGCUGCCGCUCCUGGACCACGCGUGUCCGACUCAAACGCUCGGAGCCAUCUGCAGCUUUGAGAGGCGCAGGGGAGCAGCUGCCUUCUGCUCCUCCCGGCGUCGCGGAGCCACAGCGUGUCUCCCUGCCCAGCGGCUCUGAGCUACGCCUGGGCCGUCAAUCGCGUGGCCCUGGGCGGCUGCCAUUGUGCCUGGGGUGCCGGUUACACCCACGGUGUAGGGCAUGUGAGGGGGGACCCUUGCUGCAGCUGCUCGGACAGAGAACCUGGCCCCCGCGGUGUUUGUCAGACACGUUUUGAUGGGACAUUCUCCCCUGCUCUGGUGCCUGGGCCAAGCUGCGUCCUGGCGUGCGGGGUCUGUUUCCCCAAGAGUUUCACUGAAGUCAGCCCGUUGGCCAUGAAUUCCAGGGGUGGGUUCCCCGCGGGGCGGUUCCCUUGCAGGCAAGGGACGCACCGGUGAGCGACUGAUGCCCAGGACACCGCGUGGCCUCGUGGUUUGGGAAAUAGACGAUGAGGUCUGGUCUGAGGGCUCUCGGUACAGACGCCCCAAGUGCUCGGCUCCUGCUCUGCAGUCAGGCCCCGGGGUUGCUGCACUGGGGCUUGGCAAACUUGCCAGCUCUUCAUUGUUAAGCUCUUGAGUAUUUCUGCUGCUUUCACCAGUGUCAGAGCCGGCGCUGCUCUGGGUCCCGGCUGCUCCUCGCCGAAGCCUCUGAAUUUCUCAGGGAGGGCGAGAGCCUCGUCCCAAGUGCAGGAGGCAGCCGUGCAGCCUGGCUGCGAUGUGGGGGAGAUGUACCACUGCUUGGCUGCCCCCCGGAAAGGCGCCCGCGUUUCUGAGCUGCGGGCUGGGCCCCGUUUGCUGCAGGAUCUGGGGCUACUCAGCGAGGGGUCCCCGUGACCCUUCCAUCCCUAGAUACGGCUCCAGCGUCGCUCGCACAUGGUGACUUGGGCUGAAUUUGAGGCUCAGGCACUUGGCACUCGGAGGGGGGAUGGUUCUUGGGACGUGCCCCUGGCAGCACUGGCACAGGGGGCUGGGGCGGUUUCCCCUGCUCGUUCAGAGCACGCCGGAGAGUCCCGGCAGUGCCAGUCUGUCUCCUCCCGCAGCCCAGGGCUCUGGCAUGGGACCCGCAGAACGGCAGAUGCCCCCGAGCUGCCAGAGCCCCUGGCUGGAGUCCAUCUGGGAACGGCCCCAGGCUGAACUGAGGAGCCGGAUUUGUGCCCUGCCUCCACUGGAGAGAAGCUAGUCUCCCCCCUGCGAUGGGAUCUGCUCCUGGCCGCAGCUGGGCCUGGGGAGGGGGGCCCCCGCCAGGCUCGGUGCUGCCCCAAGGGUCCCAGCAUUGCUCCCCCAGGGAACGCCCCCAGGGUUACACAGCUGGGGAGGAAACCCCCGUCUCCCAGUCCGGUGCCUUCAACCUCCCUGUGCUUUCCCAAGCUCUGCGGCAGGCCUGUGCGCCAGCGGCCGAGGCCAGUUCGAAAUGUGCAGAACUCAGCUGGCGGCUUCAGCGUCCGGGGAGCAGCGCGUCCCCCCUGUGCCUGGGCUGUAGCGCCGGGCCGAGGGCGCGCGGGGCCGCCGGGCAGCGCCGGGCCGAGGGCGCGCGGGGCCGCCGGGCAGCGCCGGGCCGAGGGCGCGCGGGGCUGCCGUUGGGCCGAGGGUGUGCAGAGCUGCCGGCUGCUGCCAGGGUGGAGAAGCAUUUGCAGAUGCUGUCAAAGCGCUUCAUUACUCGGCCUGUGUAUUUCAUGCUGCGUGUCAGGGAGCCAGGUGGGACCUUGGCAAAGCUUUAAUUUAAAACCCACGUGGCCACCUGGGUUGCCUGUCUGUGACCAGGUCACCCCCCCCCGCCGGGCGCGGUGCUCUGGGCGAUUCCCCCCCCCCCCCUCCGGACAUGGUGCUUUGGGCAGGUGCCGCCCCCCCCCCCCCCCGGGGCAUGGUGCUUUGGCUGUUUCUCGCUGAGCCUUAAUGCCCGUUUGGCCUUUCGCUUGCUGCGUGUCGCUGGAAUUUCCUGGUGAUUCACCUGGCUCCGGUGCUGGGCUGCCGAGACCUCCCCUCCCACCAGCACUACGGGCUUUGCUGCCCACCCAGUGCCCUUCUGUGCCUCACCAAGGGGUGAGGGCUCCCCCCAGCUGGCAGGGGCUGUGCCAGGGCACAGUUCCCAUGGGGAGCGUCUACUCUGCCCUGGUCUGCGGCCCGGCCCGGCCCGGCUGCCACCCAGCUUUGAGGGUGGACAAGCAGCCAGCGGGGCAGGAGCUUUCUCCCCUGGGGGGGUGGGAGGCUUUACUUCCGUGGCGUGUGUGUGAGUUCUGCCGUGGGGCUGGGGCGUGCCAGGAGCCGUCAGCGGCCCCCUCGGGGCGGGGCAGAGCAGGGUGGCGUCCGGACACCCCCGCGGCGGAGUUGCACCCGCUGAGGUGCGUUACGUAGACUGACACGUCCCCGUGGGUCUCCCCGACAGCGAUGGGGGAUGAACGUCUCCAGAGCUGGAUUUGGCCCACGCGCGGCCCGGCUGCCGGCGGUGACACUCGAGUCGCUCUGUAAGAUAAGGUCUGUGAGUUCGGGAUAUUCUGCUUUGCCUAGGACCGGGCAGGUGAUGUUCCUGGAGUGUUUUGGUUCUGUAAAUCUGUCCACGCUGCGCUCACUGCGCCCUUGGAUUUGUACGGUACAAGCAAUAAAAUGUGUUUUGGA